UUCACACGCGAAGACUGACCUUCAGAGUUUCGACGUCGAAACAAGCCGUUUACCUUUUGUGCUUCGAUAACCUGCUCCACUCUGUAUUCGUAGAGGCUUAUUAGUGGAACUAUUUUGAUCGUCUUUACUCGUCUUUUUCCUCGUUUUCAAGUGACAAUCACUCACUUGCUAGGGAAUAUUGGGACAUGCAAACUAGGUGACUUAUGUUCAGUCAGGUUCUGUCAGCCUUUACACUGGUAAAUAUCCAACCUUGUUGUAUUAUGUAAAUGACACACUCUGGAAAGAGGCUGUUUGUAUUUUAUUAACAAAACCGGCUUGGGAUGGUGUCAAGAACUGAACAUUGCAGUACAGUAUAACAACAUUUGGCGACCCUUUUCUUUCUGGUUCUCGUCUGAACCUGUACUAUGUAUGAAGAUGUAAACUUUGCAAUCGUUUUGACAGAGAAAUAACAGAAAAACGAUUUCAUUAAUAGGUCUCAUUUACGAGAUAAAAGUCAACGUAUUUCAAGAUUAAAGGAGCAUCACAACCAGCACGACCUAACUGGACUAUAUAUACUUCAACUCUACAGGUGACUAGAGGAGAACCUUGAUUGAAGAAAAUGCACGCAAAAUACCAUUUAGAAAUAACAGGCUUAAUUAAAGAGUUCACUUUCGCUGUUGCCAAAAGCAUCUCACAGGAUCUCUAUAAACAGUUUGGAGAGGACUUUUUGGCUCCAACCAUUCGACCUCUGCUUGAAUUUGCCUGGCACACCUUUCUGGAUGAAACCAGACGGGCACUGCGUGGACAAGUGAUGCAGUACUCCAGCAGCGUCAUGUGCUUUGUGAACGGCCAACUUCUUGGAAACGAGGUCGAGCUCUCCAACUGGGCCAAGGCGGAAUGGCGCUUCACUCUCAGCCAGCCGUUUGCUUUCUAUAAAGAUUUGGCCGAGAAGUCCUACAUAAAACACCUACGGGAGACUAAGCAUUCAUUUGUUUUCAUGGACAUUGAGAUCAAUGGAGAGCCCGCUGGGAGGCUAUUAUUCGAGCUGUUCAAUGAAGCAUGCCCAAAAACAAUAAAGAACUUUGAAGCCCUAUGUACCGGGGAAGAAGGUCUGUCCCCUGCUGGAUGGUCACUUUGCUACAAGGGCACCAUGUUUCAUCGCAUAGUGCCAAAUGGUUGGCUGCAAGGUGGAGAUAUUUCUCCCACAAGGAGAGGCGAUGGUGGGACUUCAAUUUACGGAGAAACAUUUGAAGACGAGUGUUUCGCUAUCACACACUCAAGGCGAGGGAUUCUGGGAAUGGCUAAUAAAGGACCUCACAGCAACGGAUCACAGUUCUAUAUCACUCUGCAGUCCACACCUUGGAUGGACAGGAAAUAUGUUGCCUUUGGUCAAGCAGUUGAAGGAGUCGACGUUCUCAGGAAAUUAGAAGAGACGCCGACAUGCAACCAGAGGCCGAAGAUUGAAUGCAGAAUUGUGGACUGCGGGAAAUUCACUGUAUAAUGUGUAUUGGAAUUCCGUUUUUUAAACAUGAUGUUUCAAUCAUUGAGAGCAGUAGUCUCUUCACUUCUUCAUUCAUCUUUGGCGAACUCCUAAGAUGCCAAAUUCUGAAUUAAAUAGCCAAGGCUGGUCUUUCUGUAUCAUCUGUACUCAAAUGGAAUUACUGUGUUUAUUGGAGAAUAAA